AUGCCGGGACACCGAGACCCCGGGAUGCGGGAGCCGCUCGGCUCUCACUCCCGCUCCCCCGCAGCCGCCACCCCCCCGGUGCCGGCGGCCGAGAGCCCCUCGGACCCGCAGUACGCGGAGAUCGUGCGGAGGAGCCCCCCGGAGGGCAACGACCAGCUGCUAGAGGCUGCACUCUGGAAAAUAAAUCACAUAAAGAUGCACGUGGGGGGGGGGCAAUUCCCACUUGGAUUUUUAUCCCCGCGGGGGGCCGUUUUUCCAGGCUACCACUUCCCGGAGUGGGCCUACAAGACGGAGUCGAGCCCCGGCUCGCGGCAGAUCCAGCUGUGGCACUUCAUCCUGGAGCUGCUGCAGAAGGAGGAGUACCAGGGGGUCAUCGCGUGGCAGGGCGACUACGGCGAGUUCGUCAUCAAGGACCCCGACGAGGUGGCCCGGCUCUGGGGCCGCAGGAAGUGCAAGCCCCAGAUGAACUACGACAAGCUGAGCCGGGCGCUCAGAUAUUACUACAACAAGAGGAUUCUCCACAAGACAAAAGGGAAGAGGUUCACCUACAAGUUCAACUUCAACAAGCUGGUGAUGCCCAACUACCCGUUCAUUAACAUCCGGCCCAACGGUGAGUGCGGAGUCGGGAAGCGCCGGGAAGGCCGAGCGGCCCCGUCCCGGUCACCUCCUGCCCUGGAGGCUGCGCCGGGGCAAUCGGCGCCGCUCCUGAUAACGCUUUAUCGGGAACGCUCCUUCCCCCGGCUCGGCGGCCUCCGGGCAGGCUCCGCGCGUCCCGGUUUCCUCUCGGAGCUGCCGGCCUUAUCAGCGCCGGGAGUUUGCUUUGCUCCUUGGAUGGGGCCGUCCUGGCGAUAA